AUGCGCGAUCUCAGACGCCUGGAACUCGUCGGACUGGUGCUGCUCUCGCCGGAAAUCCUGUCGCUGAGGCUUGGUGCUCUUGCCGUUGGAUGGCCGGAGAGGUCGGAGGUUGGAUCGCGGCUCGACGUCGGGAAUAGAUCCUCCGCUGCUGCUCGUUCUCGGUUCACCUACCUCGCGUCGCCGGUUGUCUUCCGGCCGAAAGGAAUUUCGAAGGGACGAUUGCUACUCAAUCGAGAGGAUAUGAGGCGAGGGUGGAGGGCUGAAUCUGUUGCAGCUGCUCGAAAGAAUCGGGGAGAACUCCUCCCGUCGCUGCUGCAGAAUCGCGGAGACAGAGAGAUCGGAGAGGGAGAGAAACCGAGAAUUUUGGGGAAA